AUGGCCGCUCGAUACUCGCGCAAGCUCUUGAGACCUCUCCUCUACACAUCUGCGGCAGCCGCAGCAGGAGCAGGUGUUCUUUACAUUUCUUACCGUCCGCGCAAUAUUCCCGGUCUCGAGGGCCCUGCUGUUCCUCCCCCAGGGUACCGCGAAGGCAAGCUCGUCCCACCAAGUUUCCCUGCAAUCAAGUCGCGUCUCCAACAGAUUGAGGACCUCAAGCGCAGUAACGAGGAGGAAGAAUAUGAUCUGCUGGUUAUCGGUGGUGGCGCAACUGGAUCCGGUAUCGCAUUAGAUGCGGCCACUCGAGGCCUCAAAGUCGCUGUGGUUGAGAGAGACGAUUUCAGUUCGGGUACCAGCAGUAAGAGUACCAAGUUGGUACACGGUGGUGUUCGUUACCUUGAGAAGGCUGUCUGGGAAUUGGACUACAACCAAUAUGCAUUGGUCAAGGAGGCACUCAGAGAGCGCAAGUACUUUUUGAAUACAGCUCCUCACCUGUCAUCAUGGCUGCCAAUUAUGGUGCCUGUUCAGAAAUGGUGGCAGGCUCCCUAUUUCUGGGCUGGUACAAAGGCCUAUGAUUUCUUGGCAGGUUCCGAGGGCAUUGAGACCUCGUACUUCUUGACCAAGAGUAAGGCCAUUGAUGCCUUCCCCAUGCUGAAGCGUGACAAUAUCAUUGGAGCAAUGGUGUACUACGACGGUGCACACAACGAUUCCCGCAUGAACGUAUCCCUUGCUAUGACCGCCGCGCUUUACGGAACCACCGUUGUGAAUCACUUAGAAGUCACUGGACUGAACAAGGAUGCGAACGGCAAGCUGUGCGGUGCACGCGCCAAGGACGUCAUCCUUGAGAAGGACGGUAACGUUGCCAAGGAGUUUAACAUUCGCGCCAAGGGUAUCAUCAACGCCACUGGCCCCUUCUCUGAUUCCAUCCGCAAGAUGGAUGAACCCGAUGUCAAGGAGAUUGUGGCUCCAAGUGCUGGUGUCCACGUCAUCUUGCCCGGCUACUUCAGCCCCUCAAACAUGGGUCUGAUCGACCCUUCGACUUCGGAUGGACGUGUCAUCUUCUUCCUGCCAUGGCAGGGUAACACCAUCGCUGGUACCACCGACCAGCCUUGUGAGAUUGAGGCUCAGCCCCAGCCCACCGAGAAGGACAUCAACUGGAUUCUAUCGGAGAUUCGUGGCUAUAUCGCCCCCGAUAUCACUGUGGACCGAAGCGAUGUCCUUGCUGCCUGGUCUGGUAUCCGUCCAUUGGUGCGCGACCCCAAGGUGAAGAACUCGGAGGCGUUGGUCCGCAACCACCUGGUGACUGUCUCCGCCUCUGGACUGUUGACUUGCGCCGGUGGUAAGUGGACCACUUACCGCCAGAUGGCCGAGGAGGCAGUUGAUGAGGCGAUCAAGGUGUUCGGGCUCAAGACCCGCGAGCUGACCGCCGUUCCCGACAUCAGUGGUGUCGGUGGUAGUGGUCUGGUGGCUGACGGUGCCGUGCUCGAUGGUAGCUGCCAGACCCACCAGGUCCGCCUCAUUGGUGCUCACGGUUUCUCCAAGACCCUCUUCAUCAACCUCAUCCAACACUUCGGUCUCGAGACUGAUGUGGCCAAGCACCUCACCGAGUCAUACGGUGACCGCGCAUGGCAGGUUGCCGCCCUAUCCUCCCCUACCAGCGAACGGUUCCCCGUACGCGGCUGCCGCAUCUCCCCCAUGUAUCCCUUCAUUGACGGCGAGGUUCGCUAUGCCGUUCGUCACGAAUAUGCUCAGACCGCCGUCGAUGUGAUUGCCCGCCGCACCCGUUUGGCUUUCCUGAAUGCCGAGGCCGCCCUUGAAUCUCUCCCCGGUGUCAUUGACUUGAUGGGUGAGGAAUUGGAGUGGACCAACGCCCGCAAGGAUCUGGAGUGGAAGGAUUCCCUGACUUAUCUUUCGUCCAUGGGUUUGCCCAAGAGCUUCAUGGGUCUAUCGCGAGCCGACGUCCAGAACGGUCGCGUCAAGCAAGUGGACGACAGCGAGCGUGCAACUUUCUCCCGAAACGAACCUCCUGCGGACAUGAUUGAAAGUGACGUUCGUGCUACCGCUUCCGUUGCUGUUGCUGAGGCAGUUGCAGCCAAAUAG